CUCGUUUAUGCAGGUGAUCUGUACAGAUUCGCAGUGAACUGCCACACAUGACGCUGAUCUCUUGUGGAUUCGAUCAACGCUUCGUGGAAUCUCUCACUCGAGUUUCUCGUUAUCAAAGAACCCAACGUCAGCAACAUGGGAGCUGACGUGGACCAACUCACCGCGCAGCAGAGUCGAGACUUCUGUCCCAGCAAUCAAACCUCCCAAUUCAAGAGCAGCGCGACCACCUUGACAGCACAUCAUCUUUGUCGAUACCCCUGUGAAGAGUCCCCUCCCCGGUCCCCAACGAUGCGCAAAAGCCCACAACAGCUGACAAACAGACUCCCCUCCACCGGCAGACGCGGCAACGCUGGUCGCCACUGGCUCAGCGCCCCGCUGCUCGCGCAGCCGCAUCACCACACUGCCCACUGGAUCCGCGCAUUUCCACCCCUUUCGCGACAUCCAAUCAGAGCCCCAGGAGCCCUCGUGUCGAUUCCUCGUGUCCAGGGCUCCCGAAGGUACGCGCUGUCAUCGCGCGCAAUCCGCUGUUCUGCCGCCUUGACAGCUGGGCUAGAGCGAGCCAAGGACCGCUGACCGGACGAGGUGACCGGAUUGGUUGAGAUGGGAGCGAAGUGGGAGUGCGGUAGCUCGGUGCUAGGCGAAAUGAGGAUGGCUUUGCGGUGCAUGUCACUGUUUGCUAGGCUUGUGAGUGGGCGGUGGAGGGUUGGCAGGCGUAGGUGGAUUUCGGCUGGGAGUGGAAGCGAUGCAAGUCUGCGAUGUUCAAGAGGCACUGCAGUGGCGGUCUACGUCCGUUAAUCGCACACGAGGUGCUUUGUCGGAACUCCAGAGGAGUGGAUGUGUCAGAAUGGCCUUUUUGUCACUACAUCAGUACAUACUGACAAGCCCUCAAUAGUGGUAUAUCUUAACGUGAGGCCGAAGACGAGGUCAACUGCAUUCAACGAGUGUAGGUCAUAAUCCAUUCGCGUUUACUCAUCGUAAUGAUCCAGCAAUAACGUGUGAGCAUGAGGCAGACAGUAAAAGGAUAGUAAGUUAGCGAGGCUGCUGUUGUAGGGAAGCCAGGAAG